AUGUUAAUUCCCGAAAUCGAGGAGAGGAGACUUUUCAGCGACUCUGGUCGCAUGUUAGACAUCGCGGAGCUAUACACAGCCGUUGAGCGAGUAUUCAGCAGUCCGGUGAAAGCAUCAACAACAGACUUGUCUAAAGCAUGCCGUUUUUGUGCUACUGAUGAGCAGUCGGUUCAAGCAUUUGAAGGGGUCCAGGAUCUCAAAGGUGCUUUGCUUGGCUUUUUGACCGUAGCUCUCGAAGGUAGAGCUGAUAAUGAUGAUUCCACCGUUGAUAUCCGACGUGCUCGACUGGCAUUACGUACUCUAAUAAAUGCUGUAAAUCGCAGUAAAAAGUUUGCUGAAUGUGUUACACCGGAAUGUCUAACUUUAUUUCGUACUUUGCUUCGAAUUCCUGAACUUCACACAGAGACCUUCGCAGCACUGGCUGCAUUGGCUAGGCCAAUGCGAAUCGCAUGUGGGCUCUCGGAUGAUUAUACAACGUUGCUUGGAGAGCUCUUUUUAUUAUGGGAGUCGCAAAGUGUCAACGAUUCUGACAGAUCCUGGAUAUCGGCUUUGGUAUCCAUACAUUUGGAAGAGGAUUUUGGCUUUCUUGCUAGUAACUUUGCCGAUCUUCCACCUGAUGACUUCACUGCACUUCUUCAUAUUACGGAGGUGCUGAUGGACGUGGGCCAUGGAGAAACAGUCACUAAGGUUCAUGCUAACAACAUCUCUUUUUGCUUUGAUAUGUUGCAACGGAUACUCUACGAAUUCGGUGAAGGAGUGCCUCCCGAAAAGAGACUGCCAUUCGUUGAGCAAAUCGCAUACGCACUUGAAAUUAUCGCUUCCGCGGUUUUGAUAGAAACGGAGUAUGCCGCACAAUUAUCGGAUCGGCAAUCUGCCGUCGAAAGUAUUGUGGAUAUUCUGGAGUCGACCCUUGAUGCGCAAUGGCUUGAUGAAAAUGAAGGAUGCGCUGUACCCACACCUCCACCUCAUCCAGAUCGUCCACAGAAAGAGCAAGAAGUACGAUGCAUGCGAGUACAGGAAUGUCCACAGUUGACUGCGCUAUCAGUUGCAAUACGUGACUCACCAAUGGAAGUUCGAGCGUCAUUGAAAUGUAAUCUUUGCUGUGAGAGACCACUGCUACGGAUUGCAGCUGGUGCCAGAGGGGCAGUACUAGCCGUACUUCGAUGUGCAAGGCUUACCGAAAACGAUAGGCCUUUCAUUGUUCAAUGGUCAAUCGCUGCACUACGUCACUUAUGCCUUGGAUGUCCCGAGAAUCAAAAGUUUAUCCUAGAAAUGGAUCAGAAGCCAACAGGUGUCAUUGAUCGACAAAAACUUCUCAAAGAACUGGGAAUAGAGGUCGAGGUGGAUCCAACCACCGGCAAAGUCCAUCUCAUCGGUCCAGCCCGUGAUCCUUCUAACUAA